UCUGGGGCCAGCACCCCGAGGUCUGGCCGUGGAACUCCAAGACCUGGAGCCUGAGCCCCAGUCUAUGGGGCUGGAAUCCCCACGUCGGUCGCUGGGACCCCAAGAUCUGGAGCUUGAACCCCAUCAUUUGGAACAUAGACCUCCAGCUUUGGAGCGGAACCCCAAGACUUGACAUCUAAAACCUCAAAUCCGGAGCUGAACUCCAAAUUCUGUGCCCGGGACCUUGAAACCUGGGACUGGAUUCCCAAAUCUAUACACUGGAACCCACUAUUUGGGACCUGAACCCUGGGAUUUAGGCCUCAGAUUCCAAGAUCUGAACUGUGGGAUUCCAAGGGGCCUGAAUCUGAGUUUGAGCCUGAAGUCCUUGCUGCAGACCUGAAUGCUGAAAUCUGGGGCUAGAGACCUCCAGAUCUUGACUCAGCACCCCAGUAUCUGAGUGCAGAAUCCCAGUAUUGGAUCCCAAACUGAGCUUGGGACUCAGACCCUAAACUCCGUUUGACUGUUUAGCAUCCCAGGACUAAGCUGGGAGACCCUGGCCCUGAACAACCCAAACUGGACCCCUAAAAUUGGGCCCUAGAGGCCCAAUAUUUGGGGUUCUGGGACCCCAAGUAUUACGUUCUGGAGACUCCAUUGCCACAGACUUGAGCUGAGACACAGCAGACAGUCCCUCUACAGAAGGCUUCGUGACGGGAAAGGCAUGACCAGGCAUCCCCUCCAGAGCCCUGACCUCUGACUCCUCUGGAGCCUGAGGAUUCUGCUCCCUGGGGCAGCUUCCAGCUCAGGCCACCCCUGCCCGCAAUGGCCGUCCUCCCGCUGCUCCUUUGCCUGCUGCCGCUGGCCCCCGCCUCGUCUCCACCCCAGCCAGCCACACCCAGCCCGUGUCCCCGCCGCUGCCGCUGCCAGACACAGUCACUGCCCCUAAGCGUGCUGUGCCCAGGGGCAGGCCUCCUGUUCGUGCCACCCUCGCUGGACCGCCGGGCAGCCGAGCUGCGGCUGGCAGACAAUUUCAUCGCAGCUGUGCGCCGCCGUGACCUGGCCAACAUGACAGGCCUGCUGCAUCUGAGCUUGUCACGCAACACCAUCCGCCAUGUGGCAGCCGGCGCCUUUGCUGACCUGCGUGCCCUGCGCGCCCUGCACCUAGAUGGCAACCGGCUGACCUCGCUGGGCGAGGGCCAGCUGCGUGGCCUGGUCAACUUGCGCCAUCUCAUCCUGAGCAACAACCAGCUGGCAGCCCUGGCGGCCGGUGCCCUGGACGACUGUGCUGAGACCCUUGAGGACCUAGAUCUCUCCUACAACAACCUGGAGCAGCUGCCCUGGGAGGCUCUGGGCCGCCUAGGCAACGUCAACACGUUGGGCCUCGACCAUAACUUGCUGGCUUCCGUGCCCGCCGGCGCCUUUUCCCGCCUGCAUAAACUAGCGCGGCUGGACAUGACUUCCAACCGCCUGACCACCAUCCCGCCCGACCCACUUUUCUCCCGCCUGCCCCUGCUGGCCAGGCCCCGCGGCUCACCGGCCUCCGCCCUGGUGCUGGCCUUUGGCGGGAACCCUCUGCACUGCAACUGCGAGCUGGUGUGGUUGCGGCGCCUGGCACGGGAGGACGACCUCGAGGCCUGCGCCUCCCCACCGGCUCUGGGUGGCCGCUACUUCUGGGCCGUGGGCGAGGAGGAGUUUGUGUGCGAGCCGCCUGUGGUGACUCACCGCUCGCCGCCCCUGGCGGUACCCGCGGGUCGGCCAGCUGCCCUGCGCUGCCGGGCAGUGGGGGACCCAGAGCCCCGAGUGCGUUGGGUCUCACCCCAGGGCCGGCUGUUGGGCAACUCGAGCCGUGCUCGCGCCUUCCCUAAUGGGACACUCGAGCUGCUGGUCACCGAGCCAGGCGAUGGCGGCAUCUUUACCUGCAUUGCGGCCAAUGCAGCUGGCGAGGCCACAGCUGCUGUUGAGCUGACCGUGGGUCCCCCGCCACCCCCACAGCUAGCUAAUAGCACCAGCUGUGAUCCCCCGCGGGACGGGGAUCCCGAUGCCCUCACCCCGCCCUCGGCUGCCUCUGCCUCUGCCAAGGCAGCUGACACUGGACCCUCUACCGAUCGUGGCGUCCAGGUGACUGAGCAUGGGGCCACGGCUGCGCUCGUCCAGUGGCCAGAUCAGCAGCCUAUCCCAGGCAUCCGCAUGUACCAGAUCCAGUACAACAGCUCAGCGGAUGACAUCCUCGUCUACAGGAUGAUCCCAGCAGACAGCCGCUCCUUCCUGCUGACAGACCUGGCGUCGGGCCGUACCUACGACCUGUGUGUGCUCGCUGUGUACGAGGAUGGCGCCACAGGGCUGACGGCCACGCGACCGGUGGGCUGCGCCCGCUUCUCCACCGAGCCAGCGCUGCGGCCGUGCGGGGCACCGCACGCGCCCUUCCUGGGCGGCACGAUGAUCAUCGCGCUGGGUGGUGUCAUCGUAGCCUCGGUACUGGUCUUCAUCUUUGUGCUGCUUAUGCGCUACAAGGUGCAUGGGGGCCAGCCCCCCGGCAAGGCCAAGACGCCCGCACCGGUCAGCAGCGUUUGCUCCCAGACCAACGGCGCCCUGGGCCCCACGCCCACGCCGCCGGUUCCAGAGCCCAUGGCAUCCAAGGCCCACACCGUGGUCCAGCUGGAUUGCGAGUCCUGGGGACCCAGCCACGAACCUGUGGGACCCUAGCCAGGUGCCCCCUCUAAGGCUCCUCGGGCCCCAGGGACAGCAAGAUUGGACAAUCCAUGGGACCUGGCCUCAGACUCACCAAAUUGCUCUCGGUUUUUAAAACUGAUGGGGAGGGUGUCGGGAACACCAGGGCGCAACAAGAAAGUCCUAUUUUUCUAAGCUUGGGC